UGUAAAACAUUUCGCUAUCACCCGGUGUUCGGUCGGGAGUUAUUUAUUAAUUUCCCUGAUACGACCGGGGAUAGUUAGUAAAGAUGUCCAAACCGCAGAGUGAUCAUGAGCGCAGGAAGCAAAUCAGCGUGCGAGGCAUCGCCGAAGUAGGGGAUGUUAACGAGAUCAAAAAGACCUUCAACAGGCAUCUGCAUUACACCCUCGUUAAAGAUCGCAAUGUCGCGACCACCAGGGACUACUAUUUCGCCUUGGCUCAUACCGUCAAGGAUCAUCUAGUGUCCAGGUGGAUCCGAACUCAACAAUAUUAUUAUGAAAAAGACCCAAAGCGUGUUUAUUAUUUAUCUCUGGAAUUUUACAUGGGCCGUUCAUUAACAAAUACCAUGAUCAAUUUGGGUAUAGAAAGUCCGUGCGACGAAGCUCUAUAUCAAAUAGGUCUUGAUAUGGAGGAGCUAGAAGAUUACGAAGAAGAUGCCGGAUUGGGAAACGGGGGUUUGGGUCGUUUAGCUGCUUGCUUCUUGGAUUCCAUGGCGACAUUAGGCAUGGCCGCGUACGGUUAUGGCAUUCGUUACGAGUAUGGAAUCUUUGCGCAAAAAAUAAUUAAUGGUGAACAACAGGAAGAGCCCGACGAUUGGCUACGUUUUGGCAACCCUUGGGAGAAGGCUAGACCCGAAUACAUGAUUCCGAUUAAUUUUUACGGUAAAGUCGAGGAAACGGGAACCGGCAAGAAGUGGGUGAACACUCAAGUGGUCUUCGCUCUGCCUUACGAUAAUCCGAUCCCUGGAUACCAAAAUAACGUGGUAAAUACUCUUCGAUUAUGGUCAGCAAAAUCUCCGAUAGAUUUUAAUUUGAAAUUCUUUAAUGACGGCGAUUACAUUCAAGCUGUAUUGGAUAGGAAUCUUGCUGAAAAUAUAUCACGCGUUUUGUAUCCGAACGAUAAUUUCUUCGAAGGCAAAGAACUGCGUUUGAAACAAGAGUAUUUUAUGUGCGCUGCAACCUUGCAAGACAUCAUCCGCAGAUUUAAAUCAUCAAAGUUUGGGUCGCGCGACUCGGUGAGAACAGAUUUUAAAUUGUUCCCGGACAAAGUGGCAAUCCAAUUGAACGACACUCAUCCAGCGAUGGCAAUUCCAGAGCUGAUGAGAAUCCUGGUUGAUCUGGAAUCGUUGUCUUGGGACGAGGCAUGGGAUAUCACUGUGAAGACUUGCGCCUACACAAACCACACAAUCCUUCCUGAAGCGUUGGAAAGAUGGUCGGUCACUAUGCUGGAUAAUAUCUUACCAAGACAUUUGGAGAUUAUUUACCACAUAAACCAUCUGCACAUGCAACAAGUCUCUCAGAGAUGGCCCGAUGAUAUGGAUAGGAUGAGGCGGAUGUCUCUAAUCGAAGAAGACGGCGAGAAAAAAGUAAACAUGGCUUAUCUAUCAAUAAUAGGUUCGCACGCUGUUAAUGGCGUGGCAAGAAUUCAUUCUGAAAUCAUUAAGAAGGAUUUAUUCAAAGACUUCUACGAACUGAGUCCUGAAAAAUUCCAAAACAAAACGAAUGGCAUUACGCCAAGACGUUGGCUGUUACUAUGCAAUCCCGGUCUGAACGAUUUGAUAUCCGACAAGAUCGGUGAGAAAUGGAUAACGCACCUCGACGAAUUGGCCCAACUGAAGCAGUUCGCCAAAGACGCGGAUUUCCAGCAAAGCGUAAUGAAAGUGAAGCAAGAGAACAAACUUAAAUUGGCUCAGUACAUUGAAAACUAUUACAACGUUAAGAUUAAUUUGUCUUCCAUAUUCGAUAUACAAGUUAAACGUAUUCACGAGUACAAACGUCAACUCAUGAACUGUUUGCACAUAAUCACAAUGUACAAUCGUAUUAAGAAGGAUCCAAACGGACAAUUUGUUCCUCGGACGGUGAUGAUUGGCGGAAAGGCUGCGCCUGGCUAUCACAUUGCGAAAAAGAUAAUCAAGCUCAUUUGCGCGGUCGGCAACUUAAUAAACAAUGAUCCUAUCGUCGGUGAUAAACUGAAGGUAAUCUUCCUCGAAAAUUACCGAGUCACCUUGGCCGAGAAGAUUAUACCAGCUGCAGACUUGAGCGAACAGAUUUCAACAGCCGGAACUGAGGCCUCUGGCACCGGCAACAUGAAGUUCCAACUGAACGGCGCUCUUACUAUCGGCACCUUGGAUGGUGCAAAUGUCGAGAUGGCUGAAGAAAUGGGCAGAGAAAAUAUAUUCAUAUUCGGGAUGACUGUGGAGGAAGUGGAAGAACUGAGCAAGAAAGGUUACAAUGCGUACGAUUACUACAACAAGAACGAAGAACUGCGCCAGGUCAUAGAUCAGAUCCAGAACGGAUUUUUCAGCCCGGAUAACCACGACGAGUUCAAAGAUAUUGCCAAUAUUUUAUUGAACCACGACCGCUUCUAUUUGCUUGCUGAUUACGAGGCAUACAUUGAGAUGCAAGAAAAAGUUAACGAAACAUAUCAGGAUUCCUCUAAAUGGUUGGAAAUGGCAAUUCAUAACAUCGCCUCGUCUGGGAAGUUUUCCAGUGAUCGCACCAUUACAGAAUACGGCAAGGACAUCUGGGAUAUUGAACCUACCUAUGAGAAACUACCGGAACCGCAUGUACCACGUGAAAUAGCUCUUAAAGAAAAUUAACUUUCUUUUAGAUUUUAGUCUAUAUUGUAUUUCACUCGUUAAUUGUGAUUCAUGAUUAUAUCCUUUUAUAUGAUUGCCCAAUAGAAAUUUAUAAUUAAUAA